GGAUGGGCAUGUUUAAUUGACAGCUGAGGGGACAAACUUUUGUCAGGACAGUAUAUAAACCCUAAACUCAGGUAUCAGUGGCACUGCAAGAAAAAAUCUGAAUAAACUUCUCAGCUUAGCUGAUAACAACACUGUCCUGACAAUGUCUGACUUUGACUUGGUUCUGAAGUGCUGGGGCAAGGUGGAAUCUGACUAUCCUGGUUAUGGAGGAGAAAUUCUGACCCGUCUGUUUUCGGAGCACCCCGAUACCCAGAAACUCUUCCCAAAAUUUGUUGCAAUACCACAGAGUAGUCUGGCAGGAAAUAAGGACGUCGCAGCACAUGGCACCACAGUCCUGAAAAAACUAGCUGACCUGGUCAAGGCAAAGGGACAGCAUGCUGACAUCCUCAAGCCAAUGGCUACAUCCCAUGCCAACAUACACAAGAUUCCCCUGAACAACUUCAAGCUGAUUAGUGAGAUCAUCGUGCAGGUGUUCAAGGAGAAGGCCGGGCUCGAUGCCGCCGGACAGGACGCUCUGAGGAGGGUGUUGGCUGCCGUCAUCAACGACCUAGACUGCUACUACAAAGAGCUCGGCUUCGCCGGCUAGAUGACCUCUGACCCUCUUGAGUCCCUAACAUCACUGGGGCCAAUUACAUGGGUGUUUAUUUAGCCAGUGGGAGUAGAGUAUAAUCAAGGCUUUUAUAAUUAUUACUAUUUCUGCAAGCAAUGCUUUAACUGCAUAGUAGUAAGCAAUAGCUGUGGAGUCCAAGGCAAACUUAACAUUCUCCUCGAACCAGCCUGACAACAGAGAAGAUGCUGAAAUGAAUGAGUCUAAAAUCUCAAGCCUCUGAUUUUAUCUGUUACAAAAAAUAAAUCCGGUUUCAAAGCUUUUCUUCUAAAUCACUGUUCAUUACUAACAGAAGUUCAUUUGUUUUCUUAUCGACCGAGUCAUUAGGAGCGUACGUGUGCCGUCGGUUGUGCGACUUUUACACUCUGCCAUAUAUGGAAAGGUGUGUAAAUAGGAUAUACAGAGACUUUCAAUGAAUUUGUUUCGUUUUUUUUAAGAAUUUUUGGAUUAAUAAGAUGGAUUAACGUUUUAAGAGGAUUUACUAAAGCAGUUUGUGGUAAUGUGUUUGUGGACAGACUGCAUUCGACAGCCUUCUAAGAACGGCACAACUGCCAAUUGUUCUUGUGUUAAUCUCUGAUAGUCCGAGUCCGGGCCAUGCAAAAUAAAACGUAAAAACAGAGCUGGAAAGUCGAGUUACAAGUCAAAUGUGCAGGUAUGAAUAAAAUGAGCACAUCUGAUGGACGGAUAUAAUUUCAUUAAAAUGAAUUUUACAAAUAUCUGCUAGCCAUCGACUCCUCAGAUUAUUUACACAGCAAAGUCAUUUCAUCCAAAUCUAAUGGAAAAGAAUUGGAUGAGUACUACUCUGAAGCGUGUGUGUGUGUGUGUGUGUGUGUGUGUGUGCACAUUAGUACAGUCCUGCUGGUCUAUACUGUAUCUCCCUGCUGUAUCACUAAAAUGCUUUAAUAUGUGAUUAACCAGUGAUCAUUAAUAAAAUUCUCCUUGCUCACAAA